AUGUUUUGGAGACUAGGCCAAGGGUUUGGAUUUCAAAGUUCAACAGCCAUUGAGGCUAUAUUGAACAAACCAGAAGAAGAGAUUGAUUUGCCAGAAUUAUUAGAGGAAAACGGAGUUUUAGAUGAAUGCAAGAGUCACAAUCCAAAGCUUUUAGAUUAUCUUUGUAAACCAGAGAUUUUGAGCCAACUCAUCGAUUUUAUUCUCGAGGUUAACGAAGAAGAUUUUACUCCUAUUGAGGGUGGAUUUGAAGAAUUGGAACAAAGCAGACUAUCUUUUAUCGCAAGUGAAAUUCUCAGUAGUGAUGUUUGGUCUAUAUGCGAUGCUUGUGUCGAAAAUAAGGGGCUUAUGAAAAAGUUAUGGUCUUUUCUCGACAAUGAAGGCCCUUUAAAUCCUUUACAGGCUUCCUAUUUUGCCAAAGUGAAUGAACAUUUUCUAGACAAAAAAACCGAAGAGACUGUGGCUUUCAUACAGUCCAUCGAAAACUUUGUCGACAAGAUUCUUCGUCAUGCUGAGACCAGCGCUAUUAUGGAUCUUUUGCUUAAAUUUAUUUCCAUGGAUCGCUGCAAUACAACCGUUGGAAUUGCUGACUGGUUGUAUUCUCAGGGAUUAGUUCAGUCUUUGCUUCGUUUACUCGAUCCUUAUGUUGAUCCUGAUGUACAAUCCACUGUGGCAGAUGUCAUAAAAGCUAUCAUUGCUAUUUCUGCCAAUUCUAAUGAGCCAGGCGUUAUCGGCCCUAAUUCUUUAUCCCGUGAGUUGGUAUCACGCCGUACCAUUACUACUCUUACUGAUUAUAUGAUUGAUUCCAAAGCUCCUUACUCAUCUACUUCUUUGAUCAAUGGCGUUAGCAUCGUCAUUGAACUCAUCCGUAAAAACAAUAGCGACUACGAUGUGACUCCUGUUUUACAGAUGCCUCUCGAUACUCAUCCCCCUACUACACGUGACCCUAUCUACUUGGGAACCAUGCUUCGUUUAUUUGCUGAAAAAAUUCCAAUUUUUCAACAAAUCUUAAUGAAGCCAUCUUCUACUCCUGAGCAAGCUGCUACCAGCUUUGGCACCAUCAAACCUUUAGGAUUCGAGCGGUUUCGUAUUUGCGAAUUAUAUGCUGAGCUUUUGCAUUGUAGUAAUAUGUCACUUUUGAGCGAUGCUAAUGCAGAGGCUCUUGUUAUGCAAAGAGAUAAUUUACGGGACUAUCUCUUCCGCCAUAACAACUGCGCUCGAGAGCUCAGUGUAUCCGAUGACGAAGAUGCUGAUUCUAGUUUCACGGAUAAGCAAGCCAGUGAUCCUAUGCAUGGACAAGUUCCUCAAAUUUCAAAGGACUAUAAAGACGUGUCUCCUGAGGUUGGCGGUGAUUCACCGAUGGAAGAUGCUGAGCCCGUUGCAAACGAAGAGUACAAAGACGUCAGCGAAACCUCAAAAUAUAUUCAACCAGACUUAGAGGAAACUACAUCAAACGACUCGUAUGAACCAAUACCUGAAAGCGUUCUUGAUAAAUUGAAAAAAGAGCCUGUAAUUGGUGAUUUUCUCAAAAUCAAAUUUACUGAGAACUAUAUAAUUCCGACAGUACUCGACCAUUUCUUUGAAUAUCCCUGGAACAAUUUUCUUCACAAUGUUGUAUAUGACGUUGUCCAACAAGUCUUGAACGGCCCUAUGGAGAAGGAACAAAACUGCGCAUUAGCAUUUGAUAUGUUUUUGCGUGGAAAGAUUACAGAGAAAAUUGUUCGUGGUCAAGAGAUGAGCGAUAAGGCCACAUCUGAGCCUAAUGGAUUUAGACCUGGUUAUAUGGGACAUCUUACUAUAAUUGCCGAUGAAGUUGUGAAAUUUAUUGAACAUUACUCUCAUUUGUUUAGCCCUGAAGUUAAAGAAUUAAUUGAUGAUGAAAAAUGGCAACUCUUUGUUAAUAAUACUUUGGCAGAUACUCGUGCUCGUGAUAAUCAGCUUCUGGGUGGACUCGAACCUUCAAUGGUUGGUUAUUUGGAAGAUAUGGAUGAUGGUGAGAUGUUAGAUGCCAAUAAUUUGCCCGAAAUGCAAUUUGCAUUAGAGCAAGAGUAUAGCAACAGCAGUGAUGAUGAUGUGGUUGAAGUCCAUCGAGAACUGUCUAAUAAUUCCUCAUCAAAUGAAGAAGAUGCUGAUAACAAUGAAGAAGAUCCUUUAUCACGUGAAAUGUCUCGUCGACUUAGCUUCGAUUCAGCUAAUGGUGCACAAGACAAUCGCGACCAUUUUGCUCAAUAUAUGUCUCAACAUAUUUCUGAUAAUCCCCCUGAUGAGUUCAGUAGCAGUUCAGACGAAGACGACGAGGAAGACGAUGAAGUAGUCGAAUGGGUAUCCCGUGGCAAAGACAAAAAAUAUCCUCGCUCUAAUUUCUUCAUUAGUAGUUCAGACCGGGACGAGUCUGAUAGCGAAGAGGACGAUGAAAACGAUAGUUCGGACGGCGAACGUGAAUUAGCUGAAGACGAAUAUUCUAAUGGACUUGUAUUGAACCGUAAAUAG